CAGCGGCCCGCCGCGCGCGCGCCCACCUCCCGGCGCGCGCCGGGGCAGCCAGGGGAGAGGGGAAUGCAGCAGCGUGUGUGCAUGUGCGGGGCGUUCCCAGACCUCCUCGCGUCCCCCCUCGCGGGGAUCUCUGCGCCAGCCCUGCGGCGGCUGCCGGCCCUCGAUGGCCUGGGUGGGCUGCUCCAGGGAGGCGCUGCCGUGGAGGACACCGCCAAGGAGCUGCAGGACCACGCCGCGAAGACGCAAGACACGCUGGUCGACGCCGUGGAGAACGCCGAGGUGGCGGAGAUCAAGCGCGCGGUCUUCCGCGCGCUGACCCGACUGCGCGCGGCGACCAUCAAGGAGGGU